UGGUAUUAUCCCAAUUCCCAAGUUUUACACAAGGCGCGCGCCCUGUGUUAUCCAUAUUCCACAGGCAACUCCCCCAAUUUCCCAGUAGCUUACCUCUAAUGGAGACCCUUAUGAGUUCAUCCUCCAAAGCAGCAACCCCUUUUCUGUCUCCUCCCUCUAAAAAUUUAUCUGGGUUUUCUUCACCUAUAAACUAUUGCUUGAAAUUUCGAAAUGGGCAUUCAUCUUUUGGACCAAUUUCAUCAAAUAAGCUACAAUUUAAAAGCUCCAGGAGGUCAUUCAUGGUGGAAGCUAAAAAGGGUAACGAGAAAAACAGCAAGAACAACAAAAUUGAUUCUCAUAGUUUUGCUCCUAAACCUGAUGAAGGAAUUGGCCCUUUCCCUGAAUCUGUUCUACUUAGAGAGAAAAAGGUUCAGGAUGAUGGUAGCGUUCUGCCUGAAUUUGCAGACGACGAAGAACAAGAAUUAUUUGAGUUUCUAAACCUUCAGCUGGAAAGUGAUUUGAAUGUUGAGCAGAUGCGUCACUAUGAAGUGGUUUAUUUGAUCCAUCAAGAUUAUAAGGACAAGAUUGAAGAUGUGAAUUCCAAGAUUCAAGAAUUUUUAAAGGAAAAGAAAGGCCGAGUUUGGAGGUUUAGUGAUUGGGGUAUGCGAAGACUUGCUUACAAGAUACAGAAAACAACACAUGCCCACUAUAUUUUGAUGAACUUUGAGUUAGGAGGCCAGUGGAUAAAUGACUUCAAACAGAUGUUAGACCAGGAUGAGAGAGUUAUUCGCCAUCUUUUAAUAAAAAGAGACAAGGCAAUCACAGAAAACUGUCCACCCCCUCCGGAGUUUCAUACACUGCGAGCUGACAUGGUAGAUGAGUAUGAAGUAGACGACGAUGAUGAAGAUGAUGAUGAGUGGUAUGACGAGGAUGAAGAGGACCUAGAAGGCAAUGGAGAUGAUGCUGUUGAUAAUGGAGAUGUCAACAAUACAAAAACUGUCACGGGAACUGAUAAUAAGGGCAUAGAGAAUCUAAAACGUGAGGAGGCAAUUAGAUAAGUUGUCCGUGUGCAUUCUUUUAGGAUUGUUCUGUUAGAAAAGCUCAGAGCAAAUCAUUUUUGGCGCUGGUAACUGCCUCUACGUGGGUCGCUUUUGUAGUGAGAUCGAUGAAUAUGAGUAUACAUCCUUGAGGUUGAAAUGCAUGAAGCUUAGUAUGCUUCAUCUGUAUUUGAAUAUGAUAAUGUAAAGCUGUAAGAGUAGCUAGUUUGUUUCUGGACUACUUUGUAACAAAGGUUGUGUUUGUCA